AUGGCAUUCCCUUUGCCGCGGGGCGUUACGGCGUCGGAGAUUGCUUUUCUGGCGGAGAUGGAAUCCGUGACUAUUGUGCCUCGACAGCGCCUCGAGGGGCUUGAAUUACUAGGAGGCCCCGUUGAACCUCUGAUCCCUCCACGACGUGCUGCCCUCCCCCUCUGGCUCGCACUUCUACUCAAACGCCAACGCCGUGCGAAUAUCAUACCACCACCCUGGCUACACCCAGAGUCUCUUAGUCUUAUUCUCGAGGUUGAAUCUGGACACCAGGAUUAUCAGAACGCUUUCUCUCCACCUCCUCCGCUGCCCGGCCAACCCAGCGUUCUAGACCGUGGCCAAGAACCAACUGCUCGGCCUCAGUAUACUCCAGAUGGCAAUCGAUACUAUGCUGCGCCGCCCUUCCUACCACACAAUACAGCACAACCUGUGAAUUCCUCACGGGAUGCCCCUUCACUACCGUUCCACUGGGUCGAGGUUGGGAACAUGCUUCUCGAUGCUGCGAGCGACGAUCUAAUGGACCCGGACCAGAUUCGCCGAUUACUGAAAGAUUUGCGAGAAGUGCGCAUGGCGAAGAUGAGGUCCGGUGUCGAUGUUUUAGAUGCUGCAGCCACUGGUGGCGGUGGUGUUGCUUUGACGGGCGUUGGUUCUAUGGAGUUGGGCGAGGAGCGAGGGUUCGUCACUGGCGUGGUGGAUGGUCUCCGGAAAAUCGGCUCUUCUAAAGAACAAGCACGACGCGAACAGAUGGCCGAGCAAAGAGCCAAUGGCGGAUACGACGACACACAAAACGACGACGAGGAAGAAGAUUACAUGGAGUUCUAA